UUGCUUGAGUUAGUUGCGUGGGCGGUACUGUACAUGUGAAAUGACUUUCUUCCAUUUUAUAAAUUGUGUUGCCCUGACUUAUGGGCCACUGGUUAUCACCUAUAGAUUCUCUGGAUUGAUGGAAUCUUCAUCAAUAUGGAGUUGUCUGAGGGUAGGCGUGGCUUACGUUCUAACCCAAUUAGUUAAAAUGAUGUUACUGGCCACUUUUUAUCCUCAAAGUGAAACGGACGAUGAAACAUUAUUAAUGGAUUUUGUAAAGUGUUCAGUUGAUGUAAUUGACAUACUUGGACUUUAUCUAAUAAUAACUAAACUGCUAGGGAAAGGAGACAAGAAAAUAUUAGUUACCGCUAUUGGUUGGGCAUCAAGUGAGGCUAUAGCUACAAGAUUCCUCCCGUUGUGGUUUGGGGCCAGAGGAACAGAAUUUGAUUGGAAAUACAUACAAAUGAGCUUCAUAUCAAACUUCAAUCUAAUAUUCAUUUUCUCAGUUUGUACUUUCUUGUGGCUAUGGAGCAGGAAAGACACAUCUAUUAAUGUUCUCUCUCUAUUAGGUGUCCUCAUAUCCAUCAUUAUAUAUCGUCAAAUCCUAUUUAAUAAUUUAUUAAUAUUAUUUGGAUCAUGGGCUACACUAGGAAUACACGGCCUGGCUGCUCUAGCUACUGGUGUAACAGCAAUGGUACUUCAUCAGUAGCUUCUCUGUGUGUGUGUGUGGAUCAUGUAUUGAGGAAGAAUUAGUAUUAAUAGAAACUGCAAUCAUUAUUAUUAUAACUAUUAAUUAUAAUUCAUUAAUAUAAAAAAUAUCUUCUC